CGUCUGACCCCGGCUACAGAUGGCUUCACCUAGAAGCAAAGGCAGCCCUGUCGCCUCUUCCUCAAAGUGAAAGUGAAAGACGACAGAAAAGCGGGUCGUAGGCGGCAGUCCAGCAGAGGGCUUGCGUUUGGGGAGCCCCCUAGCCCGGCGGGACUGGAAGCCGAGGGGGAAGGGCAGAGUGGAGGGGCCGCUGAGCAGCCCCCAUGGGCACGGCGGCCAGGUGGUGCCUGCUACUCUGCCUGGUUCUGCUGGGGGCAGCUGACCUUGCAGAGAGGCAGUGGCGAACAGUGGAUGUGGUCUUAGACUGCUUCUUGGUGAAGGAAGAUGGGCAACGUGGUACUUUUGCCAGCAAGGAGAACAUGGUGAAGGCCUUGCUUGUGCUGAGGCAAGUGCCAGUGCUGGAUGAUGGCUCCCUAGAAGGCUUGACCGAGUUUCAAGAAGACACACUGGCCAAGGAUGACCUGCCUGUUACUUUUGAGGCCUCAGUGAAGCUGAUACAGAUUCCGCAGGCCGAGGCCUUACUCCACGCUGACUGCAAUGGGGAGAAGGUGACCUGUGAGUUAUCCCACUAUCUCCAGACCAAACCAAAGGCCACUGCUGAGACAGCAACCUGGUUCAUCACCAACGUGCAGGUGUCUAAAAGGGGACCUGGUAUCUCCAUGGUGCUGAAGAUGCUCCAGGGUGCUGAGAAUGAGGCUGUCUUGCACCCCACCCUAAACCUGCCCCUGAGUCCCCAAGGGACUGUGCAGACUUCAGUGGAGUUCCAGGUGACGACACAGACGCCGUCCCUGAAGGGCCUGCUGGGGUCCUCGGCCGCCCUGCAUUGUAGCUUCUCCAUGGCCCCCGGCUUGGACCUCCUCAGCGUGGAAUGGCGGCGGCAGCACAAGGGCAGCGGCCAGCAGGUGUACAGCUGGGCCGAGGGGCAGGGGCAGGCCAGGCGGGAGGGCGCCACCCUGGAUGCCGGGCAGCUGCUCGAGGCCGGGGAUGCCUCCCUCACCCUCCGCAGCCUCACUGUGAACGACGAGGGCACCUACAUUUGCCUGGUCACCACCUCUAUGUACCAAGCUCAACAGAUCAUCCAGGUCCACGUCCAGGCUUCUCCCAAAGUACGACUGAGCCAGGCGAGUCAUGUUCUGCCACCCACCCUCAUCUGCCAAGUCAUUGGCUACUACCCCCUGGAGAUGGAUGUGAUGUGGACCCGAGAGGAGCUGGGUGGAGCCCCGGUCCAGGUCUCCCAGGCCUCCUUCUCCAGCCUCCGGCAGAGCCCCGCAGGCACCUACAGCAUCUCCUCCUCCCUGGCAGCAGAACCUGGCUCUUCGGGUGCCAGUUACACCUGCCAGGUCACCCACAUCUCCCUGGAAGAGCCGCUUGAGGCCAGCACCUGGGUUGACCCACCAGAGCGGACAAUGACUUUUGGUGCGUUUGGCGUCCUCAUCGCCAGCAGUCUCUUCCUUCUUACACUGUGGUUCCUGGGGCCACAGAGACGAUAAGCUACCUCCCAGGGUCUGCCUAGACUCGAGACUUGUCAGGACUCUGGGAAGCUGCUCUCCUGCCUCAGAGUGAAGAGAACAAGUGAUCAAGUUCUCCCAGAAGGACUCUGAACCAGGACUCAGAAAGGCCCCCAGAAAAGCAAGGAGCUUGGGCCCACCUUCCUGCUUUCCGUCACUGUGCAUCCAGGCUGACCUGCCCAGGGAGUCGU